CUACCUUGUUGUUGCAACUUGUUAAUCCUCUCAUCAUUCAUUCUCCGUGAACUUUCCGUAUACAUUAUUGGCGGAAACGUGUCGUGCCUCGACUACUUGAAGACCAUCUUUGCAAACGACCGGCACUGACGCUUGGACGACAUCUCGCUCGUUCGUUAGAUAUUCUCGUCGCGAUCGCGAGCCAUUCAACCAACUCCUUGGCUUAUUGUAACUGAGCAUCGUCAGCUGUCUCAUCACCUGGGCUCAACCUCCUCUCUCUGCAUCUCGAGGGCUCUCCUCCGCUCAUUUCCAUCACCAUGGCCGCCGUAUCAUCCUCCAAUCCCAUCACCUCCGCCGCCCCUUCCUCAAACCCCAUCACGUCCGUUGCUCCUCAGACCUAUGCUCCUCAGCCAUUAUACGCGACCAACCAACAGCUUCUCUCUCGUCUCAAUCUCGACCUACGUGGCCGAGUCUUCCCAGUUGACCGGGAGACGCUGAUGCUCUUACCGGAGAGCGUCUUGUUGGGUCUGUUUCCUCAAGGGUUGAUAUUGUCAAAACCCGCUUCUUGGGAAGGUGCAGAUGAUGGAGUCUUCACAGUGGAUUUUGAUCCCGACUGCUUUGAAUAUAUCCUCAACUUUUGGGCAACAGCCCAAGCUCAUUUCUACGGAUCAGCCACUACACCAGACCUCUUCCAUGCCCAGGCUUCCAUCCCUUCUACACCUGGCGAUCCGACGACUGAUCAAUCUUCCAACCCGCUCCUCUCGAAACAAGCCAUCAUCGUUCUACGGGAAGAAUUGGAAUAUUUCAGUAUCACUCAACCUGGAGGUCUGGCCAAAACAGACAUAAACACGGGUUUGGGAAACGACGAGCUCAGAGCCAUGAAAGCCAACUGUGGAAAAGCUUUGGCUGAACGAAAGCUCAUCUUUGCGGCGUUGCAACGAAACGUGAAUAAGGAGAACAACUUGGCAGAACAACAUCUCAUCGAUAUGCUCUGUAUGAGUGGAUUCAAUCGGGAAGACGAAUGGGGAUUCAGAGCUUGCGAACCGAAUCGCAACAUUAUUUCGUCCAUGGCCUUGGUCCUGUUGAAGACCGGCAUCAUACAUCCUGGCCAACCUGAAGCUCCUCCCGGUACCACAGUGCCUUUCAUUGAUCAUCCUCAGAUGGCAACGGCCCAGAAAUUGUUGUUAUUCUGGAGGAAGCCAGCGAGAAAAUGCUGGUGGGAUGGUGUAGAGGUUGAUGUUCCAAAGUCAAUGAAGAGCAAGGAGACCAUGAAAGUCAAGGUGUGGGCGAGGAGAGUAUGGACCUUGGAGCUGUCCUUGAUUUGAUCGGUUUCGGCUUGGCGUGGCUCUUUGUCAGUCUGCAUCUCACAUGU